GGCAGGCUGUCCUGCCUACCUGGCCACCCUCUCCCUUAGCCCUAAUCCCCAAGAGAGAUUGGGAUCAGAGUGUCUCUGACAUUCCUGUUAUCUCUUCUCCGAUUCCUCUCCUCAAGGUCAAGCCUCCCAGGUGCCUCCUCUGCCUUGGCUCAGCUCCCAUCUGGGCCCAGGAUUGGCACCUGCUGGAUGAAGACACCAUGGAGGAGGACUCCAGCCAGGAUGCUGAGCUGCAGGGGCUGAUGGAAGAUGCUAUCUACACCACCAUGCGAUUCUCCAGGCCCCUCCGUUCCUGUGACCCUCAUGACAUGGACAUUGCGGGAGACACGGUCAGGGUGCUGGCCGCCUACGGACUGGAUGACACGCCAAAGCUGGAUCGAGAGCGGACCUUCGUCAAGUCCAUCUUCCUGCUGCAGAUAGUCCAUCCCGACGAACUCGAGGUCCCCGAGGACACCAUCAUCCACGACCUGGAGCUCACAAAUUUCCUCAUUCCAGAAGAUGACACCACCUAUGCCUGCACCUUCCUCCCUCUCCCCAUCGUUAGCCAGAAGCACCACAUCUACAAGUUUGAGCCCAAGUUGGUAGAGCACAACGAGACGAUGGUGCACCACAUCCUGGUCUACGCCUGUGGCAACGCCAGUGUCCUCCCCACGGGGGUCGACGACUGCUAUGGGGCCAACCCCUCCUUCUCCCUCUGCUCACAGGUCAUCGUGGGCUGGGCUGUCGGGGGCACUAGUUACCAGUUUCCAGACGAUGUGGGUAUCUCCAUCGGGAUGCCCCUAGACCCUCAGUGGAUCCGACUAGAAAUUCAUUACAGCAAUUUCCGCAACCUUGCUGGCAUAUAUGACUCCUCGGGCAUCCGCGUGUACUACACAGCGCGCCUGCGUAAAUAUGACAUGGGUGUCCUGCAGCUGGGCUUCUUCACCUUCCCCAUCCACUUCCUACCCCCUGGCGCGGAGUCCUACAUGUCCUACGGGUUGUGCAAGACGGAGAAGUUUGAGGAGAUAAAUGGGGCCCCGGUGCCUGACAUACAGGUUUACGGCUACCUGCUCCACACACACUUGACUGGGCGAGCUCUGAAGGCUGUGCAGUACAGAAAUGGAACACAACUCCGAACAAUCUGUAAAGAUGAUUUCUAUGACUUCAAUCUGCAGGAGACAAGAGACUUGCCUCAUCGUGUGGAGAUUAAACCGGGAGAUGAGUUGCUGGUUGAGUGUCACUACCAGACGCUGGACCGAGAUUCAAUGACUUUUGGAGGACCCAGCACUACUAAUGAGAUGUGCCUCAUCUUCCUCUUCUAUUAUCCCAGAAACAACAUCUCUAGUUGCAUGGGGUACCCUGACAUCAUCUCCGUAGCCCAUGAGCUGGGGGAGGAUGCAAUGGAUCCCAUGGAUGCUGUGAUGGCCCUGAACAACAUUGACUGGACCCCAGAGAACAUUAAGAUGGCCGAGAAAGCCUGCAAGGAGGCCCAGCAGACCGUGAUCAUAAAGACCAUUGAUGAGUUUGUGGAAAAUACAACAGGCUGGAUUCAAGACAUCACCCCUACACCCAGGGGAGUCUGCUUAGAGUCCAUAGGAGGCAAGGUGGAGCCCCUGGACAAAAUUCCCGCUGGCUUCAGGUCGGCCCCUGCAGCCCUCAGGGGCUCAGGAAUGAUCCCUCCACAGCACUUCUCCCUGGCCUCCCUCUUGUUUGCCCAGGGUGCCCUAUACUGGCUCCUUGCCACACUUCAGGCUGGUAUAUGAUAGAGACUCCUCUCAAGUCCCACAC